AUGGCUAUAACAAAGCCAAUCUAUACUACAGCUCUCCGUGGUCCCCGCCUUUUCAACUUGGGGCGCUCUUGGAUAGCGACGCCCUCUGCUUUGGACGCGCAGCUCCCUCACUUGCGACGUAUUGACGGAAUCAAAAGCUAUACAACUCAGUCCCGGAAACAAAUUACAGUGGUCAAUGAUGAUGGAAGCGUAUCCUGGAAGAGCCUGACGACCGGGGAGAAAGUGGCCCGAACUGCUCAACAAACAGGCAACGCAACCAUCAUCGCUGCUGGAGUUGCAGGACUUAUCAUUGUCAUCUACCUUAUGAAGGAUGAAGUGUUUGGAUCAAAUAGUAAAACAAGGCGAUUCAAUCAAGUUGUGAAUCGUAUAAGAGCUGAUCCCAAAGCGCUGGAGCUGCUUGGGUCAAGGACUACCAUCAAAGCAUAUGGUGAGCCGACAACAAAUAAAAGGCCAUUUGCAAGACCAAUAGCAAGCGAUGUAUCCAAGGACUCAACGGGUAUAGAGCACUUCCGUAUGCACUUCAAUGUUGAGGGGUCAGAGCGGAAAGGCGUCGUUCAGCUACAUAUGGUGAAGGGGCCUGGUCAGUCAGACUUUGAGUACAGGUUCCUUGCCUUGGAUGUACCGGGCUUUCCUAGAUACUAUCUGGAAAACGCUUCAACAGAUACAGGUACGAAGAAGAAAGCCGCCGGUUUGAGGAUGCUAGGUGUUCAGUGGAGAUGA